CGAACAAUUUCCCAAUGCAAACUCCAUAGCGAAAUUAGUUUUUAAUCAGUGUUCAGUUAACAUCCGAACUGUCCAUUGCGUUGUCAAACUUCACGCAUUACGUCGUUCAAUUGUUUUAAAUGUGGAAGCCGAUAAUUUUGGACGUUGAGUGCAUCGUUUGCAACAAAUCGUUGCAAAAGAUUAACCACGACCCGCCCGAGGUGCCGCGAAAGAUGGGUAAAAUUACUUGUCGCAGAUCGAGGACGCCGAAUUGGUCGGCCGAUGAGAAAAAGUAUUUGUUGGAGUUAAUUAAGGAGCGCAAAGAAGUUGUUGUGACUAAGAACAAUAACGGGCCAAAUUAUUCUGAAGAGAAGGACGUGGCUUGGAACGAGAUAUUGAGGGAGUUGUGUCUCAAGUUUGGAAAUAAAUUUUCUGGUAGUUCGACUAAGAAGGUGAAAACUCAAUGGCAGAACAUGAAACGGAUAGCAAGAGAGGAAAUCUCGUUGGUCGGGCCCGAUACUUCGAAGUACACUAGGCAAAGCCUGGAGGUGUGCACAAUACUUGACCUAAUAAAAGAUGGCAUGAUAAAACGCGAUGAUGAGAAUUUAAACGACACUUUAAUGACAGCUAACAUAGAAAUAAAAACCGAGAGGAUUGACGAAGACAUCACCGAGCCAAGCUGCAGCGGCGUCACCAUUCCGGCCAAAGAACCACCACCCACUAGUCAAAGUAACGCCCCACCAGCUGCUAUUACCCGACCUCCCCCUUCCGAGUCGUCAUCAGCUUCAGAUGUCAUCGAGUUUGAGCCACCCGCUCCGCAGCCGGUGACGAUCAAUGUAGAAGAGCCAAGCAAGAAGAACGCGGCAAACAUGACUGAACCAUGCGUGGAAGGAAUGGGCAAUCCUGGACUCUUGCAACGUCAGCUGCAGGAGUUUUUCAGAUAUUCAUCCGAUGAAAAGCAGAUAAAGAUGGAAUCCCUGAAAGAGGAGCGUCGUGUCGUCAAAGUGAUGAGGGAGACAGCCGAGCUGAACAAAAUUAUCGCCGAGCAGAAGCUAAAGCAUGUCCUUUGGGUCAAGAAGCAAGAAAUGACAGACAUCAGCGAGCCCUGCUGCAGCGGCGUUACCAUUCCUGUCAAAGAACCGCCACCCACCACUCAAAGUAACGCCCCGCCAGCUACUGUUACCCGACCUCCUCCAUCCGAGUCGUCAUCAGCUUCAGAUGUCAUCGAGAUUGAGCCACCCGCUCCGCAGCCGGUGACGAUCAACGUAGAGGAGCCAAGCAAGAAGAACGCGGCAAACAUGACUGAACCAUGCGUGGAAGGAAUGGGCAAUCCUGGACUCUUGCAACGUCAGCUGCAGGAGUUUUUCAGGACCCCUUGUAAGAAGAACGCGGCAAAUAUGACUGAACCAUGCGUGGAAGGAAUGGGCAAUCCUGGACUCUUGCAACGUCAGCUGCAGGAGUUUUUCAGGACCCCUUGUAAGAAGAACGCGGCAAACAUGACUGAACCAUACGUCGAAGGAAUGGGCAAUCCUGGACUCUUGCAACGUCAGCUGCAGGAGUUUUUCAGCGGCGUUACCAUUCCAGCUAAAGAACCGCUACCCAUCUCUCAGAGUAACGCCCCACCGGUAGCUAAUGCUCGACCUCCCCCUUCCGAGUCGUCAUCAGCUUCAGAUGUCAUCGAGAUUGAGCCACCCGCUCCGCAGCCGGUGACGAUCAACGUAGAGGAGCCAAGUAAGAAGAACGCGGCAAACAUGACUGAACCAUGCGUGGAAGGAAUCGGCAAUCCUGGACUCUUGCAACGUCAGCUGCAGGAGUUUUUCAGAUAUUCAUCCGAUGAAAAGCAGUUAAAGAUGGAAUCCCUGAAAGAGGAGCGACGUGUCGUCAAAGUGAUGAGGGAGACAGCCGAGCUGAACAAAAUUAUCGCCGAGCAGAAGCUAAAGCAUGUCCUUUGGGUCAAGAAGCAGGAAAUGACGUAA